AUGAGUGAGCCGGUGAAAGUUCCAGCCACGAAAAAGAAGAAAGACGCCAAGGACGUCGACUACAUCUAUCAGAAAUACGACCACGAAAACUUUGGGUGUCUGGACUCUUAUCAACUUCAACAGUACAUUCGCAAUGAAUAUCACGUCGACAUGCCCGACGCAAAGGUGAAGGAGAUCAUUAGUGAGAACAUCCGGAAGACGACAAAAGGGUCUGACAAGACUCAUUUGCAUCGCGACGACUUUCUUAAUGCGGACAAAUUUCUUGAGAGUAAAAAAGACGAGUUGAUUAAAGAAUACGGAGAAGUGAAAACUGAGGACUGGGGGUUUUACAAACAAGAAAAAGAAUACGACCAAAGGUACAACGAAGAUAAGAAAAAGGUAUUAAAAACACAACCAAAGCAAUUUCUAGUAUUACCUAAAGGUGCUGUGAUACCAGCAUUUUCAUUUCAAUCUGCCGUGUCGAAACCAUUUUCCGAUGGGUCAACUACAACAGCGUUUAACAUUUGUUGUGAUCACACUUCAACACUCCCAAGCCCAUAUUUUGGGUCAGACAAAUUUGCAGAGAUGCAUAACUACUCGAAGGCUUCGGAGAACAUUUUGAAGAAUAACGUUUCACUUAAACAAGAGUAUCUACACUUAACUCCAGUGUCUGAAGACACUACAAAUUGCUCGAAUAAUAUCAAAGACAAAUCCCUCUUUGAAUUUCUCUCACCCGACGAGAGCUUUGAAUUUAAACCGAUUAGUAUCAAAGAUAAGAACAACACAUUAACCAAAUUUGCAAUUAAAAUGGAGAGCAUAACAAUGGAGAACGACAACAACUUCGACAAGAUGCUUGUGCAGUUCUUCUUUGUCGAUAAAACCACAAAUCAAAAGAUGACUGAUACAACGGGAGUCAUUGUGACUAAAGGAGUUGCCAAAGACUCUUUCAUUGUAUUUGAAACUACGAAGAAGGUGAUGGAAAAUCUGUACGUUGUGAUGAAGGUGGCGCUCGAUACUGAAGAAGCACUUGCAAAAAAGAGCCAGAAGACUUUUGAUACGAGGAAGUCGACUUCACAGAAGACGGCGAAACAACCGAAGGUGACGAAGUCGUCGUCGACUGUUAUGGCGACUAAGAGCAAAUCGGGUGAUAUCGAACAUCCUUUUGUGUUGUUUUGUGGGACUGGGGAGCUUGAGAAGAAACGAAGCAAAUUUGAGACGUGCGACGAGCACCAGAAACUUGAAAUUCCAAAAAUAGAAAACGCCGAAAUUCAUCAAGUGAGUGACAAGCAUGGGUUGGGGAUGUCUUCAAAAGGGCCUCAAAAAGUGAAUCCGCUUGACAUUGAAGCGAUUGAAAGAGCAGGAACGACUGAAUUACCACCCGUUGAGAAAGAAGAACGUGGUCAGAAUGUGGAUAGUAAGACUGAAAAGAACACUCCGAAUGAUGAACAGAUGUGUUUCAAUUACUCUGGGACGUUAUUUAAUGUCGAAGACUGGGACAACACAAGUUAUGAAAAGAAGAAGGACAUCAAUAUCUUUAAUAAGGAAGUGAUAAUAGGCAAAUUCACUGUUCAAGCACUUCAAUUGGAAGACCACUUUUUGGACUCCUUCAACCAAUAUGACUGUUGUCGAACGAAACAAAACUUGGAUGAAAAGGUCCAAGGAGAUAUAUUUGCGUUGGAGAAUAUUGGGAGAAGAAGUGUUACGUGCUGCUUUACUAACAUGUUCUACGACACAUUGAUCAUCAACUUGAAAGAAGCAAAUUUGGGGAAAGACAAGAAGGACGGCAUUUUCUAUGUGAGUGUCCAUUUAAUUGAUACGGAUCAACCAAAAGACACGUUUCUUGCGUUUCACCCUCUUUUGAUGGACGGGAAGAUGAAUGAGAACUUCACGAGUCAAACGUAUGUCAUUCAAAAAACAGUAAAGAUGUAUGACGAAAUCAAAGUGAAGCUUCCCACACCAAUUAGCUUCACUACCACUCUUGUAUUCACCAUCGAAGAGUUUGGGAACAACUCGUUGUCUUCAAGAGAUAGAAAACGAUACGCCACUUUGCCAUUGUACGAGUCGAAAACACCAAUUUUUGAUAGAACAGUCACUGUGAAAUUGGCGAACUCCGAACCUUCACUGAAAGAACUUUCAACACUGGACGUGGCCGAUAGAGGACCUUCUUUGAAACUGUCAAUCACGUCGUUGGCAACAGGAUACCCAUCUUCGUCGUGUUUAUUUGAUUACUUCACUCCGAAUGAUCAGGUCGGGCUGAAACAUCUCGAGAACCUCCCAACACAACUUCUCACGGAGUACUUCCAAGCGAUUCUCGACACUGAAUUUCUGAAGAUGGUGAAUUUGAAUCGAACGCCACAAGACGCUAAAAAGAAUGAAAUAGUCUUUUUUGAUCACGUGAAUAUGCUUGUGACAUUAAUUGGGAAGUUGUGCCCUGUUGAAUACCCGAUGACACGAAAUCAGUUGCUGCAGAGGUAUAUCUCCUCAUUCAAUCCAUGUCUCACAGAGCCCCUUGUGUUUGCGUCGACCAUAUUAUCGAUAGUGAAUGUUGCGUUGUCUCGAAUUAAAGUGAAGAGUAUGCAAGUGAUUUUAGAUCAUAUGUGGUUUUACCUUGAAAUAGCGGAGAAGUGUAUUAUAGUGUUUGUGUGUCUUGCGUUUGACAAGAUGAAACGACAGAAAAACUUUGUCGACAAAAAUGUGGAGUACUUUGAGAACACCAUUUUAACGGAGUUAGUUGAGAACUUUGCGAAUUUAGUCAUCUUGUUCUCGACGGAUGUGAGUCAGUUUAUGUGCGGGUUAAUACACGCCAAUUACUAUUUUGCGAAGUUCUUCCGAUCGAUGUUGUACUGGUGGCGGAUUGGAAAGAUAGCGGAGAUGAUCGAGAACUACAUGAACCAACUUGCACUUGCUAUUCUACCGAUUAGCGACAAACCAAUUAAAAAUGAAAAGGUCGAGAAGAGCGACAAAAGCGAUAUCAAACGGAAGGUGGUGAAUCUGCCGUAUUUACUAAGAUUUGACUUCUUGGCGAUAUUGAGAGAUUUCGACUUCUUAUUCCAAAAGGAUUGCCCAAAGAGGUUGGAGUUUGAGGACACCACAGAGCUGCCAGAUAUCAUGCGAAAUCAACACUUUUUCCAUGGGAUUUUGAUACGGCAAUUUAUGAAGAUAUUGGUCAAAGAUGUGAGUGGGACUGACUUGCGAAUUGAGAGCAAAGACAUCAAUUUGAAGGACGUUUUAACAAAAAUGGCGGUGUAUUCUAUCGGCUCGUUAGUGGAGAAAUAUGACACUUAUAAGUUUUAUCAAGACAAGAAAGAGAAUAUAGCAGUGAUGCUCUUUCCUAUAGUGUGGUAUGCAAUAGACGAGAAAAAUUACUUUGAGAGAAUCACUCCGUUUGUGACAAAAAUGAUUCAGAAGAAGCAAAUGAUGAUCUCUGAGAAGGAAUUGAAUGAGAUUUAUAUAUGGAAAGUGUUUUACUCGACAUUGAUUUGGGUGCUAAAGAACAUCAACAAAACUACACUGACAAAUUUCUGCACAAAGGAAACAUCGGAACGAAUUUGUGGGCUACUCUUCCACUUGAGACAAGCACUCACAAUCUCUUCACUUCCUAUUUUAAAGAAGUUUAAUGUGAAUGUGGAGUAUGACGAGGCGCGGUUGAAUCUCAUUGAAUUGAUCACAAAGGAUAUUGUGAACUUCGAUGCGGAGAUCCCACUGUUGGAAUCAAGACUGAAACAGAUUGAAGUUGAAACAAAGGAAAUUGAGUUUGACAGAUCUUUAAUAAACAGAAGAGAAACGUUAACUACUGUAGACCAACCAGUCAACCACCGACCAAAGAUGACGCCUAGGUAUUCUGUAAAUUCAGAUAAAGCAAUGCAAGACCUUAUUGAUAAAGUGAGAAGUCCACGUGUGAAACAAAAUGAAAUGAAUAUGUCACUGAAUUUACCGGCAAGAUCAAACUCUGACGCGGCUGAAAAGCCUUCAAAGAUGUCAUCAAAGUCGUCGGUGUCCCCUUCAACACUCAAUUUGAAAAUCAGUGAACCCGAACCAAAGCCACAAGAAGACAAGGUGAAGUCCCCCAAAUCACCAAAGUCGUCGAAACGAACGUCUAUCAAUAAAACGCCAACGCAAAAUGAAGAGAUUGAAAAUACGCCGCAAGCACAAAGCCCUAAAGUCACUCCACUGGAUAAGCCUGAACCGGUAUUUUCAAGAAAGAGUGAUGGAAAUGGCGAGGAAAAGAAGGAAAAGAAACGACAACGAACGCCACAUUUGAGUCGAGACACUACACCACCCCUUGUUCUUUCUGAGACGGAACAAGUUGAAGAAAAGGAAGGGAAGGAAAAGGAGAAGAAGAAACCUAAAGAGCGUUCUCGACGCCUUUCAUCGAGUGGGAUGGGCACGGGGACCCUUAAAAAUGGGAUUUUUGGAUUGAAGAAUAUGGUCGUGAAUGCGUGUGGGAAAAUAGUUGAUGGUGUUGCAAACACUACAACUAAAAUGGUAGAAAUGGUCUCGAUUGAGAAUAAAAAGAAGAAGAAAGACUUUGACUCUUUUAACGACUCGGAAAAUACGACUUCUGAAAUGGAUCGAUCGGCAGAGGAAGUUGAUAGUGAGAGUUAUUUGAUGGCUAUUUUACACACGUUUUACUUAAGAAGUGCAUUAAAAGUCGUUAUUGAUGUAGUUAUGCGACUUCUGGCGACGCGAAGUAUUGUUGGCGAUGAGAUAGAGAACAGUUUGAAAGAGAUCUAUGACACGAUGUUACUCCGUAUUCGAAUUAAUGGAGUCAUUGCAAGUGACAAGUUUGAUUUCAUGUUUAACACCAUUGUGAAAUUUCCAGAGGUCAUGGAAAACUCGGAGAAGAUCACUGAGAUCGUCUUAACUGCGUUAAUGGAUAUGGUCAACGAAAAGGAAAAAAUGGUGAGCACUCUUGCCGUCCAACUCCUCUUCAGUUUACUGAAAACGGAGUUUAUGUUUUAUAAUAAGACGUCGUUCAUGGCAUUGACGAUAUCGGGAGUUAUCGCGAGUUGGAACGAUAAGGAACCGACACGAUUCAAAAAAGUCCUCUCUGGACUCGAUGACGAAUUUAAGAGUCAAACGGAGAUGUCGAAUAAAACUGCGAAACAAAUGGUUGAUGGUAUUCGGCAUACUAUGGUGAAUGAGAACGCCGUUUAUAGUGCGCAACAAUUGUUUAAUGGACAGGAGUUUGGCAUGUUGUAUGAUGUUGUGGGAUACAUCAAAAGUGGGAUCAAAGUGGUGAAAUUUUGUUUGGAGGAUGUGUUAAAUAUACCGGUGAAGUUGUCGAAUAACAACAGCGAAAUGUUUGGAGACAUCUUUAAUGUGAUGUUACAGUACCUUCCAUAUUCCGAUGUCAUAGGAGGGAAACUCGACGUGUAUGUGACCGAACGAUUUGAAGGAGAGAUCCAGGAGAAAGCGAAAAAAUUGGUUGAAGAUGUCAAAGAUGAGAUCAAUCAAUUGCACAUGUUAAUGGACAACGCAAUGCAACAAGUGAGCGACAAAAAGAAGGUUUUUGAAAGGAAGCGAGUCCACUGUGAGAAUGGGAAGAAAAUAGCCCUGCAAUUACUGAAAUGGAUCAAUCGAAUGAAUUUGGUAUCACUUGAAGAUGGAUCUGUCGAACGACUUGAUGAAGACGGAGAGGGCGUGAAAUUGAUGAAUCAGUUCCAAAAGGAAAAUGAUGAAAUUGGAGAGAUCAAUCCUUUGUGUCCAAUCACUACGGAAGAGAUGAGCAAAUUACUGAAAUUGGUGUAUGGGAAAAUUGAAUAUCAAAUUGCUGAGAUGCAACGACUGAAAGAUGAUGAAAUACACAAUCGAAUCAAAAUGAAAGAAAAUGAAGACUUUAAUUCGGCAAUUGCAAGUUACGUGAAGACGAAAUACACUGAUUUGGGAAAUCAAGUUGCUUUGAGUGAUGUUGAAUAUCGAGACUUGCAGGCGUUGUUAAUCAAAAUGUCGAGUCUCGACGAAGAAGUCAAAACGGCGAACGCAAACAUCGAUACGCAAACGAAGGAAAUCACUGAAUUUACUUCCUCGUCGGAUUCAGUCUUUAUGUUUGUUGAAACGAUCGUGAAAAAGACGUGUGAAGUGAAAAAGAUCUUGGAAGGCCUGUUGAUUCGACUUGAAGAGAACGACAACGAACUGAAAAUAGCGGAAGGGUAUAGUGAAGCCCAGAAGAAGUACUUUAUCUGUUCUUUUGAGAAGAAGGCGUGGAUCUACUUGAAUAACAAACAUCGCUUUUUGGGUGUUGAGAAUCACCCGGAGAUGCAUUUUAUAUUCAAAGAGUUUAUUCAGCGCAUGGAAAAUGUCUUUAAACCGACGAUUAAUGAGGAGAUGAAAGAGUGUGUCUCUAUCUGUCAAACGAAACUGCGCAAACUGGAAGAGACGCAACAGGAGUAUUACAUUAAAACAAGAAAUCAAAAUGAAGGGAUCAAAGGCUUUGAUUUAGUGAUGGAAAGGGGGAGUGGGAUUGACAGAAGUAUUACGGAGAGUGUCAUUGGCGAGAAAUGGUUUGCGAUGACUGACGAUGUCGAUGUGAGUGAUGGGAAUGAUUUGAAGGAUUGGCUUGAUAAGUGUCAGUCGCGCAAUGGGGAGAUAGAAGCGACUAUAAAAUCAAUAAGUGAGGAACAAAACUCGUUUAAGAAGUUAGUCGAUGAAAUGAAUAAAAAAUGCGUUCGUUUUGAACAGAAAGAGAGUGAGAAGGUGUACAGUGAAGUCAAGAAGUGUAUGGAGAAAAUUGAACAAAAACUGAAAGAAGAUGUUGAUAUCAAUGUGGUCCGAUUUAUUGAGAGUAAAAGCUUUUGUAUCAAAAAGUGGAAGAAUCUGAUAGAAGAGUAUGAAAGUAAUAUAAAUAGUGCGGGGACACAACACGCGGCCCCAUCGUCACAACUGAUCAAAAUCACUUCAUCGAUGUCUUCGUCGACACUGGCAAAUGCUAAGCAACCCCUUACCCUCUCAACAUCAACAAAGAAAACGCCACUGUUAAGUAUGAGUGUGUGUGAGUCGAAGAGUAUGCGGAACAUGACACCGACGGCACCACGACAAAUUUUCGAUGAAAAGAAAUUGCGAUUUUAUUUAGAUCCAACGAGCUCGAAAUUUCUCUUAAAUUCAGUGAUUGAGUUUAGUGCAUAUUUGACGUAUGAAUUUGGGAAGGAACUGCAUAACGUCGUUGAUAUGAUGAAGGACAUUUUAAGCAAACAAGAAGAACUCUGGAGUGUCGAACAAAAUAAGACUGAAAGAGAUAUGGACAACUGGCUCGACUUACUUGAGAAGAAUGCAAAGACAUACAAAAACAACCCUAAACUGUUUUUGACGUGGAUGCACCAGUCGUCGAACAUCAAUUUGAACAUCAACAGAUAUGUUGUUGCGGGGAAUUGUGAAGUCGUGUGUAUGUACUAUAUCUUUAACAUCAUCAAAGAAUUUAAAGAAGACGAAGACAUCGAUGCCUUUGACGUGCAAGUUGUUGAGGAAUUGUUUGGAGACUUUUUAAUUAAGCCAGAAAUCACUAAAAUAGCGAACCACUCGUGUUGUACGCUGGACGCACUAUUAAAAAGUGCGUGGAGCGCAAUAGAAGACUUCCAUAAAGGAGAACCGUGGUUUGCGCACCAAAUGUGCCAAUUUUUGAUGCCGUAUUACUCUCGGACGGGAAACAAUAAAAUGCUUGAAGAAGUGCAUGCGACUAUGUCGAAAGUGUGUGCGGACAUGUCGAAGAGAUCAUCUGAGUCGUUUUUCUUUGUAUCCCUCGGCGACAUUGAAGACGAUCAACACAACUUUGUGUAUUCCUCUUUGCUUUCUAAGAAGGAGUUUACUACGGAGUUUAUAGGAGAGAAGAAAAUCAGUGUAUCAAGUGAUGAAAAGAAGAGGAUGACUAUUGUGAGACAGGUGUUCCCAGUGAUCAAUGGGAAAGUACUUCGAAAGAUGCCCGUCCAACUGACUCCGUCGAACACUUUUGUCUUUGAAACCGACGAGUUGUACCAACAAGAAUAUGAAACACAGAAAGAUGGGAGUUCUUCGAAGUCGAAUGUGUCUUCGUUGUCAAGAAAAUUGGUCGAAGAGAACGAGACUGAACUGUCGGAACUCCCCCUCACAUUUAUUGGGAUGAAUAGAGUCAUAAUCACAGCUGAAAUGAAAUUGCCAUCGUCACAUAGAAAAGUACUUGUCGACCAGAAGAUGCACAGCAAAGUGAUUAAGAUGAAGCCGGUCGAGAAAGCGAUUGAGGUAUGUACAUACUACAUUGAGGAAUUGGAAGAACUCAAAACAUUUUCAAACAGCGACGAUACAACAAAGGAGCUCAGUAAGUUGCUACUUGAAAUUUUGGGAGAGAAUAAGUGGAAUAUCGUGGAGAUCUGUAACCAAUUCUUAUGCGGUGAGAUAGAAGAAAACGACUUGGAGCUUUACGUCAACUUAGAAAAGAAGUUAAUGGAACUUAAGACAAUCUUGAAACAAGCUAUAGAUAAAUACAAUUCAUUCAACCAAAUUGGUGACGACUAUUUGCGCAACACAACAUUGUUUAAAAGAGUCUUCACAAAGUUUGUAGCGUGUCUGAAGGUUGGCAGUAACAAAGUCAACACAAGAAUCGAGGAGUCUGCUGCCCUUGCAAACUAA